AGGCUCAGCAGCAUUGAAUCUGCACAUUGGCGACGAUGGCGACGGUCCGGCCGAAAUUCGUGAGCGAGCGCGCCGUGCAAAGGUCUCAUUUAGAGGCGAUGGCACAGAAGUCCGAAUCGACGAGUUGUGAAACGAUCACGUGGUUGGGGGGACUCUUUCGCCCACUAGGGGUCGGAGAAAUUCCGUGCUAGUUGCGGUGUCGGUGAUUGGUGUAGGGUUGCAAUUGUGAUUGGGUUAUUGUGACAGGAUGACUGAAAAGGAUGACGAAGGUAAUGAAGAAAGUUCAGUUUCCACAGAACUUGAGGAAGAAGUUCUGGAGGACGAAGAAGAUGAAGAUGUAGACGAUCCAGAAGAGGCGGCGAGGCUUGAAAAACUUGAAAUCCAACUCGAGGAGGAUUCCGAUUUACUGGAAGAAGCUAAGGAUGAUAGGCCAUUAGAAAAUAGUGAUUUUGAGUCUGACGAAGCCAAAGCCGACGACGAAGACUGCCCUUUCUGCGAUUACAUGAAAUUAGGUCCUUGCGGAAAGAGUUUUAAUGCUUGGGAAAAAUGUACAGAAGCGGCAGAAAAAGACGGUAGAAAUGUAUUCCAGGAUUGCAGUCUCGUGACUGGAAUUUUGACGGCAUGCAUGAGGAACAACGUGAGCUAUUACGGUCCUGUAUUGGAAGCGCAAAAAGUUGUGGAAGGCUCUUCAGAUCAAGCAGACGUAACCACUGUUCUUGAACGUAAUGUGGAAAAGAAAGUCGCGAGCAAGGGUGAAAAGUGAAAAUUGAAGACCAGGAAGAAUAAAUCUGACCGCACGAACGACUGACAUCACGGCCAUUCACACACUUCAAAUAGUACCGCGGUGUGG